CCGUGGGCUUUUUUCUACAAGGGAGGGUGCCCUGGUAUCGUGUCUUGGCUUGCCGAUAGAACCUUCGGCCACCUGACGUCUGCGUGAUCUUGGCUGUCUGGAAGACCACCGCUAUUACUACAACUACAACCACCAUCAUCACCCUCUGCUCAUCAUGUCAAUGAAUAACCUCGUGGAGGGACCUCUGAGCAGCCGACGUCAGACAGCCGGAAAGUAUGAUGAUCAUGGAAACAGCAAUGGCAGUCAUGUGAAGAUCUUUCUACCCAAGAAGCUGCUCGAAUGCCUACCAAAAUGUUCAAGCUUACCAAAAGAGAGGCAUCGUUGGAACACUAACGAGGAAAUUGCAGCUUACUUGAUAACAUUUGAAAAACAUGAAGAAUGGCUGACAACCUCCCCCAAAACCAGGCCACAGAAUGGUUCCAUGAUCUUGUACAAUCGUAAGAAGGUGAAAUAUCGGAAAGAUGGAUACUGCUGGAAAAAGCGAAAAGACGGGAAAACAACGCGGGAAGAUCACAUGAAGCUCAAAGUGCAGGGAGUGGAGUGUCUCUAUGGCUGCUAUGUCCAUUCGUCCAUUAUUCCAACGUUCCACAGAAGAUGUUACUGGCUGCUACAGAAUCCUGACAUCGUAUUGGUGCAUUACUUGAACGUCCCGGCAAUAGAGGACUGCGGAAAGCCAUGUGGACCAAUUCUCUGUUCCAUCAACACAGACAAGAAAGAGUGGGCGAAAUGGACCAAGGAGGAACUGAUAGGCCAGCUCAAGCCCAUGUUUCAUGGUAUUAAGUGGACCUGCAGCAAUGGGAACAGCAGUACAGGUUUUUCUGUGGAGCUCCUUGUCCAACAGAUACUCGACAGUCACCAGAGCAAACCCCAACCUCGGACGCACAACUGUCUCUGCACUGGCAACCUAGGUGCAGGUAGCAGUGUGCACCACAAGUGUAACAGUGCCAAACAUCGCAUCAUCUCACCAAAGGUCGAGCCAAGGACGGGAGGCUACAGCGCUCAUUCAGAGGUACAGAACAAUGAUGUUUCAGAAGGCAAGAACGAGCACAGUCAUGGUAAAUCCUCCAGCCGGGAGAAGAGGAACGGAAAGAUGGCCAAGCCGGUGCUGCUCCAUCAAAACAGUACAGAGGUUUCAUCAACCAAUCAGGUGGAGGUUCCCGACACGACCCAGAACUCCCCCGUAUCCAUCAGCAGUGGUCUGAAUAGUGACCCAGACAUGGCCGACAGUCCCGCUGUCACUGGUGUCUCUAGCAUGGCCGUUGCCUCAGUAAUGGGAAGCCUCUCCCAGAAUGCCACUGUGUUUAUGUCUGAGGUCACCAACGAAGCAGUAUACACAAUGUCACCCAACACCGGUGCCAGUCAACACCUCUUGUCCUCAGAUACCACCACCCAGGGACUUGUACUUGCAGUAAGUUCAGAUGGUCACAAGUUUGCCUUCCCUACUACAGGGAGCUCGGAUAGCUUAUCAAUGUUGUCUGCCAAUGUCUCGGAAGAGCUUGUGCUGUCUACCACCCUUGACAGCCGAAAGAUGCCCGAAACCACAAUGAAUUUUGACCCAGACUGUUUUCUCAACAACCCAAAACAAGGGCAGACGUACGGUGGAAGCAGUCUUAAAGAAGACAACAUUAGCACGAAUAUGCGAAGGUCAUCCAGCACAGAACGUAGUUACUCUUUCAAUGCAACUUUAGUUAAGGAGAUAAAAACAGAGGACACCUCAUUCGAGCAGCAGCUAGCAAAGGAGACCUUUCCAUCAACGUCAUCAAAUACACUAACCCUCACUCCUGGCUCUGGUUUACUUCCAUCCGGCGGUGGACUGAGCCCUAGCACCACCCUGGAGCAGAUGGAUUUCAGUGCAAUUGAUUCCAACAAGGAUUAUUCAACAAGCUUCAACCAGACGGUGCAGAGUCCCCACGUCCACCAGACCCCUUCCCCUAGCUUCUUUUUACAAGAUGCCAGCAAGCCGAUCCCUAUGGAGCAAAACAACCACAACAACCUAAACGACUCAAACACGUACGUAAACACGUUGGGUUUGGCCAGCAUUAAGACUGAAGCGUCUAGUCAAGCGCCUGCCAACUGCAAUGGCAACAUCGACCACGCUAGAAUAGAGUCCACCUCUUCUCUCCAGCUCAUGCAAUUCCAGGCCAACUUCCAGUCGAUGAAUUCCGAAGAGAUUUCGAUGGAGACAUCGCAGCACCCUGAAGGGAAUGAGAACCUCCUCAAGCCUGGAGACCUCCAAGCCUGCAAUGCUGAACACUAUAUGCAGUCAGAAAACUCUGCCACAAUGAGAAAUGGCAACAAUCUCCCAAUUCUGCAGGGAAACAUGGUGCAAGGACUCUAUCCAGUGGCUCACCAGGCGUUGAGCAACUCCAACAUGGAGCUCAACUUAGAUCACUUUGAUAUCUCCUUCAGCAACCAAUUCUCUGACCUUAUCAAUGACUUUAUAUCUGUGGAAGGAGGGAGUAACACCAUUUAUGGGCACCAGCUGGUAGCAGGAGACAGCAACGUGUUGCAGCAGGGUGAAGAUGGGAAUCGACCCGCAUACUCUCAGGCUGAAAUGUGCAUACCUUGUUGUAGCCCUCAACAGGCCGGUAUGCAGCUGGGCAGCUCUGAAACGGCAGCCACUACUAUGGCAUACAUGCACGUUGCAGAGGUGGUGUCAGCAGCAGCACAAAGCACGCUGGGAAUGCUGCAGCAGAGCGGACGGCUGUUCCUGGUAACAGAUUACUCCCCAGAGUGGUCGUAUCCUGAGGGCGGAGUAAAAGUCUUAAUUACGGGGCCAUGGCAAGAAGCCAGCAAUAACUACAGCUGCUUGUUUGACCAGAUCUCAGUGCCUGCAUCUCUAAUACAGCCGGGUGUCCUGCGCUGCUACUGCCCAGCACAUGACACCGGGCUGGUCACUCUUCAGGUUGCCUUCAACAACCAGAUCAUCUCCAAUUCUGUGGUGUUUGAGUAUAAGGCCAGAGCUCUUCCGACACUGCCUUCCUCCCAGCAUGACUGGCUCUCCCUGGACGACAACCAGUUUAGAAUGUCGAUCCUGGAACGGUUGGAGCAGAUGGAGAGGAGAAUGGCGGAGAUGACCGGAUCCCAACAGCACAAACAAAGCGUGGGAGGAGGCAACGGAGGUGGAGCCAACAGUGGCGGGGGCCAAGCACAAUGUGCCACCGGUGCUGGUUCUAUGGGAAGCUGCUUCGAGAGUCGGGUGGUGGUCGUGUGCGAAAAGAUGAUGAGCAAAGCAUGCUGGGCAAAAUCCAAGCACCUGAUCCAUUCCAAGACCUUCCGAGGAAUGACGCUGCUUCACCUCGCCGCUGCACAAGGCUACGCCACCCUCAUCCAGACCCUCAUCAAAUGGAGGACAAAGCAUGCUGACAGCAUUGACCUGGAAUUAGAGGUGGAUCCUUUAAAUGUUGAUCAUUUCUCAUGCACUCCUCUGAUGUGGGCCUGCGCUUUGGGUCACACCGAGGCCGCCGUAGUGCUGUAUAAAUGGGAUCGGCGGGCUCUCUCCAUUCCUGACUCUCUCGGCCGGCUUCCUCUAUCUAUCGCACGUUCCCGGGGACACGUGAAACUGGCGGAGUGCCUGGAGCAACUACAGAGGGAGGAGCAGUCCCAGCUGGGGCACAACCCUCGGAUUCAGUGCUCUCCUAGCUCAGACCCCAAUGCAGAAAGCUGGCUAAGCCAAUGGCAGAGCGAGGCGAUCAACCCCCAAGAGUCUCAGAAGGGAGUGACAGUUAUAUCAAAUGUCAACACAGAAUUAAGAAGACCAAGAUCCGAGCCCUCCAAUUACUACAGUAGUGAGAACCCAAAAGAUUACCCUGCUGCUAAAAAACACAAAUUAAACCCUGAGUAUUUUCAGGCCCGCCAGGAGAAGGUGAUGGCGGCGGCGCUUAGCCUGGAGCAGCCAUCUUCCAGAAAGCAGAGCUCCGGAGCCAAGCAGCUUCUGUCAGAGACCACCCACAGCGAGGAAAUGUGCCACUUUCCCAGGGAAGUGCCGCAGCGCGCCGCAGAAGCCUCUGUCUACAAAGCUUCGAAGUGGACCCCCAAAGACCUCUACCUGGGUGUUUCUGCGGCACAGGUAAUGGGAAGCGCAAAGGUCACAGGGCAUGGGAAGGACGUUGUGGGCCAUAGGCUGCGUCGGAGCGAGCAGAUGAACGUUUUGAUGAUGUCAGAGCGAGAAAUGGUAGACGCUGACCUCCUAUCCUACCGGGAGAACAUGGAGAACGAAGACUGCUUGCAACACAUGGAUGACCUCCAGGUUAACAUGAUGAACUUGGCGGAACAGAUCAUUGAAGCGACGCCUGACCGCAUCAAGCGGGAGAAUUUCGUACCCAUGGAGUCCCCCUUGGUGGAGAGGGCAGACACUGCUGCUUUUAGUACUACCAUGAGCUGGCUGGCCAGUUACCUCGCUGAUGUUGAUCACUUACCUAGUGCUGCUCAGAUCCGGUCGCUCUACAGCGAACCGCUGACACCUUCUUCGAACACCAGCUUAAGCCCUGCCUGCUCCCCCGUGAAUGAAACCACCUUUGAGAAACCCAGUCUGCCCACUGCUGCUGAUUGGUCGGAAUUCCUGAGCGCAUCCACCAAUGAGAAGGUUGAGAAUGAAUUUGCCCAGUUGACUCUUUCGGAUCACGAACAGAGAGAACUCUACGAAGCUGCUAAACUUGUCCAGACCGUGUUCCAAAAGUACAAGGGUCGCCCAUUGAGAGAACAACAGGAUGUGGCUACUGCCGUCAUUCAACGCUGCUACAGAAAAUACAAACAGCUUACAUGGAUAGCCUUGAAGUAUGCACUUUAUAAAAAGAUGACCCAAGCUGCAAUCCUCAUCCAGAGCAAGUUCAGAAGCUACUAUGAGCAGAAGAAAUUUCAGCAGAGCCGGCGUGCCGCGGUGCUCAUCCAGCAGUACUACAGAAGCUACAAAGAGUGCGGCCGGAUUCGGCAAAAGCGCCGGACAACUUCUCUCGUGCAACAGAAACUGAGAAGCAGUCUUCUGACGAAGAAACAGGAUCAAGCUGCUCGGAAGAUUAUGAGGUUUUUACGUCGCUGCCGUCACAGCCCUCUGGUGGACCAUAGACUGUUCAAAAGGAGUGAAAGAAUUGAAAAGGGCCAAGGAACUUGAAGAUAUAAAACAGCGCCCCUUAGCAAUGUGACAGCGCUUUUUUGGACUGUUUCAUUUUCUGUUUUUAGCAGAGACAUGCAACAAAAACAAAAAAAAA